CUAACACUAAUAUCUAACACUUGUCUUGAUUGCUAUUAGGACAGCUAAGCUUGCAUGGCAUAUUCCUUAGUCUUUUCCUCCGUAUAUAAUAUUUUUAAUAAUGUCAUCUUCUCAUGCUUGUACAUUCUCUUUGAGGUGGAAAGAAAUGCUCGCAUGAUACUAUAAAUAGGGCCAUCUACUUACCGCUCUCACCAACAAGCUAGCUUCUGCGCUCCCUCACUAGCAGCGCAUCCAUAACUUAGCACCUCGAAAGCUUCGGCUUAGGAAUGGCGAAACCGUCGGAUCCUCUUACCGUUGGGAGAGUGAUUGGAGAGGUAAUAGACUCAUUCAGCCCGACGGUCAAGAUGUAUGUGACCUACAAUUGCAACAAGACGGUGUGCAAUGGACACGAGUUCUACCCUUCUGCCGUCGCACCCAAACCUAGGGUUGAGGUCCAAGGGGGUGAUCUCAGGAAUUUUUUCACAUUGGUAAUGACAGAUCCUGAUGUUCCGGGCCCAAGUGAUCCGUACCUAAGGGAACACCUCCAUUGGAUCGUGACCGACAUUCCUGGCACAACGGAUGCUUCGUUUGGGAGGGAGGUGGUGGGCUACGAGAGCCCGCGUCCGAACAUCGGCAUUCACCGCUUUGUCUUUGUGCUCUUCCAGCAGAAGCGACGCCAGUCGGUGGUCGCCCCGCCGUCCCGCGACGGCUUCUCCACCCGCCGCUUUGCCAGCGAGAACGACCUCGGCCUCCCCGUUGCUGCCGUCUACUUCAAUGCCCAGCGGGAGACUGCCGCUCGCAGGCGCUGAUCGACAGUGAUCACUACCCUUCGAUCUCACCUCCACAACCAGAUUCUGCCUGGGAGUUCUUAGUUUACCAAUUAAUGCAUGGGAGUUGCUAGAAUAAUUAAGAUCAACUAAUGUCUAUCUAGUUAAUUAAUAAGUUGAGCAAGGUGUAUGGAGUUUAAUCUGACAGGGUGCAAUGUCUGUAGUACUAGUGCGUCGUAAUUGGGGGUGUCGCACCUGUCGAGUGGAGGACAUUGAACAGGGUACAUGCGUGGCCAUUGGUUUCGGCAUGACCCAUGUGGAUGUAGUCCUUUGUGUGAUAUGAUAUCUGAUCUAUAUGUUCUGAUUUGGCUUUUCUCUUAU